GGUCUGGGAGCCAAGAGGACGUCAUUCAGGAGCUGCGCGCCUUCAGGUGAACGAACUUCGACGGAGAGUAGCAGGCGGGAGCGAGCGAGGACCGGCGGCUUGGAUUUGACCUUUUCCGCCUCAAAACCCGCUUCGAGAGGGCGAGCUGACGAUGACCACCUUCUCGGCUCUGUGGGUGCUCUUACUGUGCCAGCUUUUCACAUCCUGCUCCGGACAGAGGCCAGGCCCCCGAGGAGCCGUUGGCCUGCAAGGGCCGCCAGGGCCCCCUGGACGGGACGGCACCGAUGGCAAGAAUGGACCUCCUGGAUUGCCAGGGAAAGCAGGCCCAAAAGGGAAAGCAGGAUUACCGGGAACCGCAGGAAAACCAGGCUUGCCAGGACUUCCAGGCGUGGAUGGUCUGACAGGUCCUGACGGUCCCGCAGGGAAGGACGGACCUGCAGGGGAAUCUGGAGAAUCCGGACCUCCUGGGCCACCUGGACCUCCUGGCAGAGGGAGAUCAGGAGCUCCUGGUUUACCCGGAACUAAUGGCUUGGCAGGUGGAGUCGGACCUCAGGGAGCCGUGGGGGCUGAAGGUCUUCCAGGACUUACUGGACCUCCUGGUCCUGAUGGUCCACCUGGUCUUCCUGGUACUCUCCACGAUCUUAGCGGUGACUUAUUGUGCCCUGCCAUCUGCCCCCCUGGUCCUCCUGGUCCACCUGGGAUGCCAGGAUUUAAGGGACACACCGGACAUAAAGGAGACAAGGGAGAAGUUGGCAAAAACGGAGAGAAGGGCGACUCAGGACCUUCAGGUCCUGCUGGUUUUCCUGGGACAGUUGGCCUGCAGGGACCGCGUGGUCUAAGAGGUUUGCCAGGUCCAAUGGGAUCUGUGGGAGACAGAGGUCUACCGGGAUUCAGAGGCAAACAUGGCAUCGCCGGCAUCAUUGGGAAGACAGGUGACACUGGAGAAAGGGGUCCCCAGGGAUUCAGAGGUCCCAAAGGAGAAAUUGGUAAAAUUGGUCCUAAAGGAGCAAUUGGAGGAGCAGGGCCCAAAGGGGAGCCUGGCAUUCCUGGCCGAGAUGGCAAAGAUGGCACACCAGGGAUGGAUGGCGAAAAGGGUGACGCCGGGAACCAUGGGGUAGUUGGAGAGAAAGGACCAAAUGGACUUCCUGGUUUACAAGGAAAGGCUGGUGCCAAAGGAUCCAAAGGAGGAAUUGGUGAUUCUGGGAAGACUGGGGAGACAGGACCCUCUGGAGAACCAGGUAUUCCUGGGGAAAUUGGCAUCCCAGGAGAGAGAGGCAUAGCAGGACCCAGAGGAGUGGCUGGAGGCAUUGGACCUGCUGGUAACCCAGGACCUCAGGGAGUAAAAGGCUUCCAGGGCAUAAAUGGAGCUUUGGGGGAUCCAGGUCUUCCUGGUCCAACUGGAAUUCGUGGAGAGUUGGGAGAAAGGGGGCCAGUGGGAGCCUCAGGAGCCAAAGGAGACAUGGGCGUAGCAGGAAGUGAUGGUUUACCUGGAGAGAAUGGAGAACCUGGUCAUUUUGGACCGGUUGGACAAAAAGGAGAGUCAGGGAAACGAGGAGAAGUGGGACCUAAAGGUGUCUCUGGGCCACAAGGAGAGCUUGGGGCAAGAGGGCCCCCGGGAAAACCAGGAUUAAUGGGCUUCCAAGGAGAGCAAGGUCUUCCUGGCAUUUCUGGAAAAACAGGUGUACCUGGUAAACUGACAAGUGAACAACACAUCAGAGAGUUGUGUGGCUCAAUGAUCGAUGAUCAGAUUGCGCAGCUGGCCGCUAAUCUUCGCAGACCUCUGGCCCCAGGAAUGGUGGGCAGACCCGGACCCGCUGGACCUCCAGGACAGCCGGGAGUAAUUGGCUCCAUUGGUCAUCCAGGUGCUCGUGGACCUCCAGGAUACAGAGGCCUGCCAGGAGAACUUGGAGAUUCCGGUCCCAGAGGUGACGUUGGGGAGCAGGGUGAUAAGGGAACCAUCGGCAAAGCAAUUGAGGGUCCCGUUGGAGACCAAGGACACCAAGGUCUUCCAGGUGUCCCAGGAAUUGUUAAAGAUGGUCGGGAUGGGUCACCAGGUGAUCCAGGUGAGCCUGGUGAGCACGGCAGGGUAGGUAGGACUGGGCACCACGGACCCCCCGGAAUCUGUGACACAUCAGCCUGUCAGGGAGCGUCGGUUGCUGGGAAAUCAUCCAACCCCAAAAACCUUUAAACAUUACUCCCUGCCACCUGUUGCCAUCCACGCCAAAAACAACAGUUGAAAAAAGGAAGAGAAGGAUGGAAUAAAAUCAAGAGCGAUGGCAAAAAUCGCCUCAUUAUUUAAAUAUGCAUAUCACAAGAUGGAAGGAAAACAUCAACAGGUGUGACAUUUUUGAGAGGAAGAGAAGAACAUCAAAGAUGUGGUGUGACGAACAACAAGUGGGAGUUGACAACAUCAAGGUGCAUGCAUAGGAAAAAGGCCAGGGAAUUUCAGCAUUCCACCCAGAACUUUCAGAUUUCAAACAAAUGGAAAAAUGAUUGAUGAUGAGUGCUUUGUGUAUAAAAACCUUGUACAUGUCCUUGCCCCCAUUUUAAUGACCACGGCCUACUUUGACAACCAGCGUGUACAUGCAGCAUGGCCCGUUGAUGGGAAUCCCAGGUGUUACCUCAGCAUAGAAACUGUGUGUAAAGCAGGAGCAGUGGGCCUGUGUAACGCAGCAGUGUAUGUUCUGUCAAAAAUAAAAGACAAACAAGCAGGUAGCCAGAAAAUAUUUGUGUAGAUGAAUACAAACUGAAAUAUUUUGUAUUUUUAUUGUUUUAAAAGUUUUACAGUAGUUUGUUUAUUUUUCAACAGUUGAAUCUCAAAAAUCAAAUGCCAAAUAAAACAUGUGGGUGAAGAAAUCUAGACACUGUAAAAUAAAUUCAAUAACCUUG